UCCAAGAUCUUCGAUAAAGAACCAAACUACAGUGUGCAUAUCAACAUACAUCAACCAGCAUGUAUGAAUCUCAGAGCACCUCCUUCGUCAUUGCCGCCAUCGUGUUCUUCUUCCUUUCGGCGACGAGAGGGGAGAUGCCCAUUCAGCACCUGACACGUGAUGAGCUCGUGCAAUUUGCUGGCUAUGGAGAGGAGAAGCUAUCCUCGGUGCUGGUGAUGGGCACGCUCGUCUGUGAGGCCUGCCCCAAAUCAGGAUCCGAGCUCCAUACGUCUCAUAUAGCAGGUGCCAAAAUGGCGGUAUCAUGCAAAACAGAAGGCAAGAGAAACAACAAGAGGGCUAACUGGGCCUACGCAACAACCGACGACUACGGAGAGUUCAUGAUCGACCUCCCUUCCCACCUCCACGCCAUCCCUCGUAUUGAGGACUCCUGCGUUGUCAGAAUUCUCGGAGUUCCGAGGAAAUCUCGAUGCCACCGUCGAGGCCUUCGCACGAUCCCUCGGAGAAUUCGGCUGUCAUCCAUCGGAAACAGCAUUAGGGUUUACAGUACGGGGACAGUGAAGUUGAACGACAGGUCCUGGAAAGCAUAAUGUGAAUGAAUAAUGAGUUGUGUAUUGUGUUACGGUGGAGUUUAUUGUAUUAAUUAGUCUGCUCCCUGUGAUGCUGACCUUGUAUUAAUGAAAUCUUUACUAUAUUCGUGAUAAAAUGGUGUGUAACAGGUAUAAAAAUUAAUUUAGAUCU